AGUAGAGUUUCAGAGCAAGAGGACACAGGUGGUUAGAUGCAGUGUCAGUUAGUCAGUGUGGGUCCUGUCUUGUUCCUGUUAUAGAGUUGUAAAAGUAUGACCAUUGUUUUUACCCUCAUAGGCUGCCUUGUGGAGUAAAGAAAAAGACUGAUAACCAAAUAAUUUGGUGUUGGAACAGGUGAAAACUAGGGAUGGGGACGAUCCCGAAAGACAUUAGGAGGCUUUUGGACGGUAAUAGUUAAAUUUUUUAUGAUAAGUAACGCUUGUUUUGAACAGCUAAGGUUUGUUUUUGAAUCUUGUCAUAAAAAAAGUGGAACAAUGGGAAUUUUUACAAGCUAGUAUGCUCAUGACCUAAAAAAGAGGUACAAGUAACAUGAUUGAAGUGAUAGUAAAUGCUUAGGGUUGAAAAUAUAUAUAUUUCCCUUUUGUUUUUAAAAGAUACACUGAAACGUGGAGAAACUAUCCGCCUUUGAGAUGUACAGUAACAAGAGCAGUGUUUUAAUACAUUUGCAUGUUGUGCCAGGCCUGCGAACAACAUUUGCAUGUGUUCACUCUGGAGUGUAACAGGACAGGGAGCACAUAAAGAAAUUAAGCCCAUACAUCAGAUAAGUGGCCUGUUCUCACAAGUGCAGGCAUCGUUGUGUCUGGUGUUAUUACCACAAGUUUGCUCCCUGUUACUUAUUUUCCAGAGACAUUAGAGUGUUUGCUGUCCUUCCUUUGUGUCCUUGGAUAUAAUUUCCACAUGUCAGGUUGAUGAAGAGUGAAACCAGAAGACUUUUUAACAUUAUUCUCAAAAACAUAAAUCAUAGCAGGGGUUUAAUAGUCUUGGUUUUAUUGAAAAGAUGUGUCCUCAAUUUCUAUGCUUACUUUUUACUUACAAAUACCUUGAUAUGAUACUAAAGCAAACAGCAAAACAGAAAGUUGUGUACCUAACAUUCGCUCAGUUAGAGAUGUCCUGAUCAGCUGUUUACCUUGUGGAUCUAAAAGCUGCAAAAACCAGAGAUGGGCUGGUGGUCCACUGACAUGAAUUCAACUCUCUCUCUCUUAAAUCGUUUUGCCCUCAAGAAUAUUUCACUCUCCUUUUAAAGUCGGGAGUUUGUUGCUUCCGUGCUGCAGUCUCAUCCUCUGUUGCUUUAGAGGACACAUCUCAUUCCGUGGCAUGUUUACUUUUUUGACUUUGCAUCAAAUUGGUAGUGUUGAACGCAGCUCCGCUACUACCACCUGAUUGUACUGCAUAUAAUGCAAAUGACUGUUUUGCUUUCUAGUUGAAAAUAUUUACAUACUGCUGACAUUUUAAUGACGAGGACACUCAUGCUAUCUCACACAACUGCAAUCUAGUGCAACUUCUGCUCACUUUACAACACUAACGUAAAUGAUCGAUCCAAUUCGCCAAUCCCAGAUCAGUUAAAAAUGCUAUAGUUGAGAAUUGGAAUUUAGACACACCAGAUUUGGGUAAGUGCACAAGCUUUGCAGAAAGAGGGUGAGAUGACUUAAUCGUUACCACAGCUCCUGACAGUGUGACUCACAUCCUGCUGUUGUAGCUAACAUCACUGUAGUGUUAUUCAGUCUGUUUUAUUUAUUUUCCUCCUAAAAGGACAGUGUUCAUUAAUCAACAUUUAAACAAAUGUAAAUGUAUCCAAGCUAGCCAGAAGGCUAAUUUCCCUCAGCAGUCCCUUUGCCAGAUGUUGUCAGGCAAUACUAAAAAAAAGAAAACAGCACAGACAAAAUAUCAGAUAACAAACAAACAAAAAUUUAACUAGAAAUAAAUGUUUGUUUUAAACUUAUAAAGUCCGCUGAAUUACUUUAUCGUACACAUGAUAAAUAGGUGGCUGACUAUAAGGAGAUAUCAACUGAGUCUAAAAAUGUGAGUCUGACACUGUGUGUGAGUUGGUGUAAAACAAACUUUUGUACACAAAGGAAGUGUUUACCUGAGGUCUAAAAGUGAUACGUUUAAGAGGUGGAUUUGAUAUUUUUAUGCAGACAAGAACAAACCGUCAUGAUUGCUUUGUGAUAAUAUCAGACAUUAUGAUGUUUUUCAUGUUUUUAUUGUUGCAUCAGGCUGCCUCAACUUUUAUGUUGAAUUUUCUAUUCGUACUUAUGAUGUUUAGUAACACUCCAACUUUGCAGCACAUGAUUCACACAGUUUUGUUUUCACUCUGAGCUGCUUUAACCAAACUUUACAGGAAGAAAUGGAAUUUGUGAGUUCAGUUUGAGUCCUCCAGAAAUGAAAUGUUGUCAUGAAUGUUUUCUGUCAUCUUCAGACUGUGAGCUGUUUAUAGCCGAGCACCUGCAGGAUGAGGACCUGAGUGAAAAUGCCCAAGAGACCCGUGAAGUCUUACUGAAUAACUUCCGGGUCGUCCGUUUAAGGUAGGAGUUAACCUUUGAAAGCGGUGUUAAAUCAGUGCUCGGCAAAAGGCACAGAAAGAUGCUUCACUAGCUAAAUAUUUUGAUUUACUUUGAAUAUAUCAUGAUUUUUGUUUUGCUUUUAGUACCACAGAAGAGCUUUGAAAGUCACUGUAAUUGCAUAAUUAGUUCACCAUUUAGUCUAAUGUUGUCCCCUUUUAAGACUUAAUUCUUGCCUCUAACUAUCUGAAGUUUUAAAGGUUUUAUACAAUUGUUUGUUAAUCAGAAAGAUUUAAUCUUUAGAAAGCUUUAUUUUUGAAGCCUGACAUAAGAAGCCAAGACUCCCCAAGAAACAAGAACUCUCAAACAAAGUGUGCACCUCGACACAGGAAACACCUCUUCUUCCGUUGCUUGCUCGGGGUGAUAGGAUUUGCUCCUCGCUGAAGAUGUGGUUUUGAGGUCUUCUGUGCAGGAAACAAUUACUGAAAUUGAGAGGCAGCGCUAGAGCCGAGUUAAAAAUGAAAGCAGAGAAAAAAUUUCAGCCUGGUACAAAAAGAUUUUGAUAAAUGCUUUUUUGAUUUUACAGAAACCCACAAGAAUUUCCCCUCAGAUGUAAGUAACUCACUGCAAUGAUUUAUUUCCUUUGCUUAUUUUUCUUAUUCGUACACACACUCAUGUUUUCCCUCAUCUCUCACUGCAAGAAUAAAAGCCCAGAAUGUGCAUUUGUGUGUUUAAAGUGCUCCUGUGCUUAAAAUAACAUCAUAGUUACAAAAAAAAAGUCUUCGUGGGACUCAUAAUGUAUGCUUCUUUCCCUCCUUCUCCACAUUUUCACCUCCACGUACACACACUCAGUGGACCCAAGAGACGAAGAAGGUUCUGAUGACAACCGCAGUUCCAGUCUGGGUCGCUCUGCCCCAUCAGACGACGCCUCAGUAGCUUCUGACUGCCAGGACGAUGGUCCCCCAGAGUGUAAGUUAACAACAGUCUGGAGACUGAUUCCCUUUUGUGUGCAUGUGUCAUCUCGUACUGUUUCCGCAGUGCAGAGAUCUGAGCUGAAAAAAACCCAAAUUCUUUAUGUGGGUGUCUGUGCGACAAAUCGAAGCACCGGUUUUUAGAUUCGAGUUGGAGUAAUCGGAUCAAAACUAUAUGUAGCUGUUACCUCGAACAUCAGGGAGAAAUUUAACCCUCGCAGAGAAACUACACCCCUAUACUAUCAGUGUGUUUCUGCUGAAAGACUCGAGUGUGCAAAGAACUGAGCACCAACAAAGGAAAAUGUAAAGAGGAGGACUCUUUGUCACUGGAGACAAUACAAGAGUCCUCUGAGAAAACCAAACAAAUACACUUUUGACAAACAACCCUUGCCAUCCUCACUGGCACACCUACACCUCACCACAGGAAGCGCAGUCAGACCCUUUCGCUGGAUAUUGCUCCUCGCCUUCUUAAUUUGAAAAAACAGACCACAUCUGUGAAGUCUCUCCCCCCCGUUCGCCGGCCUCCUACCUUGCUCGCCUUCACCGGUGACAUCAUUGACUCCUCCUACCUUUCCUCCUUCAGCGUUCAGGUAGUAGGUAUCUCAUGCUGGAGGAAAAAAAAGUGGCUGGCUGGGGGGUUCGCUGAGGACUGAAUGGGGACCUAGAGCUCCCUCCAGUGGCAGAUCCACAGACCUGGAUCUUCCCUUGAGUUGUGGGGCUGUGGGAGGCAUGGAGGCGGCCCACACAGAGAGGUGGCUUUGUAGCUGCAGGCUAAUGCAGUGAUUGAUUGACCUCGAGCCCCUCUAUUCUUUCACAACCGGGGUUUGAAAUACAACACUGUACCUGAGGGGCCAUGUGUGUUACAUCCCUCUCUCCCUGUAUCAAUCUUUCUCUCUAUCUUCCUUUCUCGGACUUGCCCUCCCUCCCGUUCAGAGUUUUUGUAUUUCUGACUUUAUGCUCCAGUUAAUAGCCCUUGACGUGACAUGCCGCAGGUGGGCAUUAUUGACUUGGCUGCCUUAGGUGCCCAUCUAUACCCUGUUGUUGUUUUUUUUUUUUUCUUCAUGUGGUGAAGCUGGAAUCAUGUGGAAUUUCCCAAUAAGAAAGAAGAACCUGUCGUCAGAGCGCCAGUGCCAGCUGGAUUUAGUCAGAACCGAUCUCCUUAUUUGGAAAAGGCGUAAUGAACUCCUCCAUCCUCUGACCAGAGAAGACUCACUGUCGCUUUUUUUUCUAUCCUUUAAAAAAGAACAAACGAUGGCAGAUGGUCGAGAAGAUACACCACGAGACAAUGAUGAUUCUUUUCUCUCUGAGUUGUUCAUUACAGAAUAAACAAAGAAAGAUUUUCUUGUGCAAACGGACAAAAUCAAGCAAUAAAAUGCGGAGAAAAAUUUCCCUUUGGGUUAUUGUGGUAACACGCCCAACUACAAACAAUGCCGUCUGUUACUGAAUGGGAUAAUAGUUAAAGCUUUCAUAUAGUCAAUUUUAAAUGUGAGAAAUCGCCAAUUAUGCAGCACAACCAGAACCUCCUCUUUUCCUUUUAUUUGCAUUUAGCUUUGAUUAUCGACAAUCAAACGCUUAACAAAGCUCACAGUCUGCCUCGGGGUCAAUAAUCAUAACAUUUUGAUUCUGUAAGAAAAAUUCCCACCUAACAGCCGUGUGUCGUCUUUUUUUUUAUUGCCGGGCGACAGAGACCAUGUUAGCGGAGUGAAUGGCCUGUGUCCUCGCUGAAAGGGCAUGUGGAGUUCAGAGUUCAUUCUCUGUUCACCGCCAGCUGAAAGAAACAGCUCGCACUUUUCUGCCGGGCGGUCUGCUUCAAUGGGAGAGGGAGUGUUUGUGGGAAAUAAUGGCACGACCACUUAAUGAAAUCAGCGACAAUUUCGGAGGAACAAUCCUCAAUGGAUGACGAUUUGGGUUUAUUUAAAUUUCCUUUCGCUGCUUUAAUUUAAAAAUCAGCACAAUACCUUUGUUGCAGAGAUGAGGAUAAUUGAGCGAAUUAGAGAGUCGCGUUUUCGCUGCAAGGAGAAGGUAGAAAAUGGAGUUUUCUUCCUUGGGUUUAAUUGUAUCAUUUUAUUUGAGCCUACUGUACACAAAAGGGACUUUGUGACUUGGAGGAUGUAUUAUCCGUGGUAAUCGACUGCCUGCCUUUGCUGCUCUCUGUUCCCUAACCAGAGAGUGAGUGAGUGUGAAGUCGAUGGCUGCUUUUACACGCAGGAGGAGCCUGUGCCGUUUGAUUAGAUGCGGUGGCCUGUUGUCUUCAGCGGACUGGGUGACACCAGAUUUGUAAUGGCUGACAGGAACAGAUGGAGCCUCCAUUGUUAGCCUGGCUGUCUGCAUGGUAAUGUGAACUGAGUUUCACCCGCCGACCGCACCGGUGACCUGACCGCGCCUGCAGCCUCACCCCAGCCUCGUCUGCCCCCUUUUAGCACCCUCUGCCUCUCCUCUCCCUCUGACUGUCCUGAGCUAUUUGAGGCUCACACACAUUUUUAGGUUUUUCUUUCACUCCUUUUUAUCACACACACUCUUGCCAUUCCAGUCCAUUUUGCAUACGUAAACAAACAAACACAUCCAGAUUCUCCCUCUGGUGAAUAGAAUCUCUUUAAAACACACACACACAUGAACACACACACACCAACAGACCCCAGGAGACAGCUGGAGAUGUGGGUCUUUUAGCCCUGUCAUGCUGUUUGCAGGUCAAGUUUACGAACUUACGAAGUUGAAAUGGCCUGUUUGUUUUCCUUUGAUUGGGGAGCGCCGCUGGGCACUCGGGGAUGUUUGCUGGGAAACUGCAGCGAUGACAGAGCGCUGCAGGAAGAGCUCUGUUUCAGGAGAGACGACGCUUUCGAUACGACUCCUCUUCCUCUCUGUGAUAGUAAUGUUUCUGUUAUGGUCGACCAUAAAGUCUGUGUUUACCCGGGUGUGGAUCUACAGAGGGAAUCUCACGCCUGUUUUUAUUUUGUGCUCUGUCAUAUCAGGUUGUUUGUGAUUGCUUUAUCAUUUAAAAUUAUUGGAAUCAUCUCAAUUUAUUAAAAUUAACACAAAUUUAAUUCAACCCUUUUUUAUUUAAAACAAAGUCGUUCUUAGAGAUUAUUUGGUUUGAUAUAUGGAAAGAUUUUUUUUAUCAUACUGACUCAUUUUACUACUAAUCAGUUAGUUUUUCUGCAAGUAAGAUGUGUAAAUAAAACCAUAAAAAUCACAUUUUACCGUUAAGUUAAUCAGAGAUGUUUACAAUAUGAAUUAGUUCUUUCAAUUAUUUUCUUAAUAAUAUGAUUAGUUAAUUAGAUUGUCAGAUAAAAGAGUUGAAAAAUGUUGCCCAUCGUUCCACACGAAGCCUUUAAAUUAUUUAAUAUCCACAACCUGAAGGUCUAAAGUGAGAAUGAAAACAGAAAAUAGUGAGGAGCAGUAACCUGGGAGCUUAAAAAAAUACUUUAAACUGAUCGAUGAAUUAUGAAAGCAUUUAUCAUUAAUUAAAAAAAAUGAUUACUAUUUUUACAGUAUUGUGCCUCAAAUAUCGGCCCGCACAAUUAACAGAUAUUAAAAAAUGAGCAUUUGAAAAAAAGCACAUGUGAAUAAGGACGUUAUAUAACAUAUACAAUCAAUGUUACAUGUAUAGUUGACUUAUUGGAUAGAGGCUGGGUCAAAUGAAGCUUUACUCACCUUGUCAGGUAACCUCAGAUUAAUUGGUUAUAAUUACCUGAUGAAAAAAAUGUCUGUUGGAUUCUGGUAAAACCUGUUGCAAGCACAUGUAGCUAAUAUGCUCUUUUUAAUAAAAACGAAUCCACACCUAUUGAUCACAAUAAUGAACCACGUGUAGCACACUGCAUUUGUAUCAUAACCUGCAGGUCAGAAUAAGAGAAUAAAAAAAGAGAUGAUAGUUUUUUUUUAUUUGAACAUUAAAAACACACCGUAUUCAAAUGGUUAAACUUCUGCAUAUUGUCACUCUGCAGUAAGAAUCACAGGAGAGAAACGCUGCAGUGUCAGUUUUCUUCCAGUAUCCUAAAAUGUGUUUUGCGUCCCAAAAUUUUCAAUUAACCACGGCGUGAGACCGAGCGAAGCUGCAUUUGUUUACAAUCGAGGAGCCGAAACUCGUAAAUGUUUGGCAAUUUUGACUUGCACGUAUGUUCUGUUGUGUCGGCCUAUUUUAUAACACAGGACUCAUGUCGGUGAUUACCGCGCCGGUCCAAUUUCCUCAACCAAUUACUUUCAAUAGAAUGCUGUGGGAUAACCAAUUUAAGUUAUGUCUCGCCGUUGCCUGUUCCUCAUUUGAAUAACAGGACCCAAUGCACAGUGUAACAUUAUUACACGCUGCUGGAAAAUAGAAUAUUAAAUCUUAAAUUUUGUCAUUUUGGCUGAAGCUUGAAAAAGCGAUAUAGAGCGAAGUGCUUUUGGGGUUGUGUGCCCGGGUGUCUUGGCUGGUGAAAUUGGGAAAAACGAUGCCAGCUGACGGAUUUAUGCUUCAUUAGGGGGUUAAUCAGCAAUAUUUAAAGCGCCAACUGGCCCUUGUGUGUGUUUGAAGUCAAAUUAAGUCGUGGAGCGAGAGGGAGUCCGUGGAUCCUUCACAGGGGGAAAAAUUAAAUUAAAAGAAGAGAGAGACGCAGAAAAAUCCUUGAAAACUGCUGCAGGAGUUCAGCGGUGUCUUAAAUGGAAGUUUUUAAGCAUCACCUGGACAAUGUCGCUGUUUGCAUUGAUGACCUCUCUGCAGGUUUGUUGGCCCUGAAGCUGUGCUGUCUGCCUGCAUACUGAACUUUCGACCUUCGACCUCAUGCUUGGCCAACCUGCGACCUGUCUGCACUCAGCCCAGGGUUGUGUGAAUGAUCGGCCUUCCUGUCACGCCCAUCCGUCACAAACUUUCUUUGGACUUUGCGAUAGCUAUCUACAGUAUCUCUCUGUCGGAGCGUCUGCCCGGGAAUUCAUUUCUCACCACGUUCAUCGGUGUAUGGAUUUCAUGACAUUUGGAUUGCGGCUGCUAGUUUGCAAGGAAGCGAGGGAUAUGUUAAUGACCUCCUUGCUUCCUCAUUCUCCUGCACUCUCUUCUCCUCCCCUCUCUUAGUGUGCUUUUCUAGAAACACACACACACACACACUCACACACACAUUACGAGGCAGGAGCAGGCUCUGUGCAUUGCUGCGACUGCUUGCCACCAGGGUUCAAAAGUUCACUCUAUUCCCCUUGGGCUACUGUGCUGCUGCAGAUGCUGAUAGUCUUCUCUCUCUCUCUCUCUCUUUCUCUCUCUCUCUCCCUCUCUCUCUCUCUCUCUUUGCCGGCUGCCUUUCUCUCCCUCUCUCCCUCGCUGUUUACACUAUUAAUCUUGUACACUCUCCCUCACACACUCACUCACACAGCCUGGCAAGAAGAGAGCGGCUUGAAGGGGGGAUUUGGACGUAUUUAACCGAAGGGCAUCCAUCACUCUCAUCUCCGGCUUCACCCCCACCAAAAGCCACACCGCGUAGUGUUUUCUGCAUCCUCCCGGUUUGUAAGCCCUCUGAUGCAGCUCUCCGCUCAUUUGCUUUGUUUUAUUGUUGCACUGCAUAUAAUUACAUCCCUCCGUUGCCUCUGGUGUGGCGCCGUGUUGAAACCCAGGGAAAACAGGCGAAGGUAAAUGUGCAGCAGUCCAUCUGUAAAGAGGCACAUAGGCAGAAUGCAAAGUGGGAAGCUGGGGCAGGGUGGCUCCUAAUCUCCCCCAGAGCUGUCAAUGUCACAGACAAAUAGCAAAACUAUCAGAUGCGGCGGGUUCACCCAGAGGUUAGCGUUCCCAGGUACCUCCUGCUUUCACUCCCUCUCUUUCUCCCCCUGCCUUGCAAAUGAGAAUUUGAUUUUGCCCUCCACUGGAAUCCAUUUCUGGAGAUGAAUGAAGUUUCAAUGCCAAGCCCAGGUGGCCCCGCUGAUUUCUUAGGGAAAUAAAUGGAGAUGGGAGAGAUGUGUUGGCCUGUACACAGACAGUGACAUGGCGGCUCCCAAUGCCUCUGGGAUCCCUCUGUUUAAUUGUUGCUUUAAUGCAGCACUUUAAGGUCAUUAACAUGCCCUUGUGGAGUUAUUCCAGGAUGUUGGGGAUGCAUCCCUCUCUGCACGGCUGGAAAAAGUCUGCCGCACCGUGUCUGUGCAUGUGUGUGUGUCUGUGUGUGUGUGUGUGUGUGUGCCAAGUGGGACAGAGCUGCAGUGGGGUUACGUGCCGGUGUAAGGAUCCUUACCUUCAGUAGAUUUGUUUUUCUGCAUUGAUUAAACGCGGCUCAUGCUCUUAGCGAGCGAAUCUCUUCUUUGAGUCAGGAGCCGGUCAGCUGGGAAAAUGUUCAGUAGUAAAGGAGUUUUUAUUACACAGCUGUGUUUAAAAACGAACGCUGAUGCAUUUAGAUAAUUAAAUUCAUAUCAUAGCUGAUCACAGCUACAGUGACAAGCGUGUAUUAAACACAGGGCUGAAAUAAACACGGUGGAAUCGUAGAUUUUUGACUCCGCUCCGGCUGUUCGGUGCUUAAAUUUAGGUUGCCCAGAAACAAUUAAAAUGAGUGCAAAAUAAAAAUAAUGAUCAUACUCGCUGUUUUAUAUCGCUUUCAAAUUUUUUAUGGCUUCAUUUUUAUGUUUUCAUAAUAUCUGUUUGAAAUGACUUUAGCGGCAGUUACUGUCAUCUCGGUUGAUUUACCGUUUUCCUCUGAAUGACGAAAUGCAAAUUCAGUCCCUUUUUUUCUUCUGCCUCAUUUAGUUAUUUAUUUUUGAACAAAGGAACAAAGGCGACCAUAAUGUUAAGUUUGAAUAGUACAUAAAAAUCUAUUAUUGAUCCUUAAAAAAUCACAGUAUUUGAACCUUAAUUUACUCGUCCAUUAUUAUGAAGCAGGAUCAUGUGUUUUAAAAAGUUCUGUUAGAUUAAUGCAGCUAUUUCAAAAUUAAUAAAAAAAGUAAAAUUGUAUUUUUUUACGUCUCUUAAAAGUCAAAUUAACUUUUUAUGCACAUGCAGAAUUUCAGCUCCUGAAUUAUGUGUCAGGUCUCAAAGAUCUACGAUUGCAGACUUGGUUCCUGUGGCUUUUGAGGUUCGUCAGUUUAAAAAAAAAAAUCCAGAUGAAAACAGGUUUUGUGAUUCAGAUGGAAAAGAAGCCGAGUUUCAUUUCCUUUAUUAGCGGCCGAAUGAGGUCACGAGUUCAUGAAAUCACUCGUCAAAAGCCUGUAAUACUGUGGUGUCCAGAUGUGCAGAAAAGAGGACGACUGAAUAAGUUUGAUGUGUUUAAGUUCACUUAAUUAAGUCUGUAAAAGAAAAAGAGAAAGUCUGAUUAGUUUAUGUUUUCUUUCAAUUUUUAUAAUUUGUAAUUAAUUGUAAUAAAUAGAUUGACCUCUUACGGACUCUGACUCAAAAUAAUAUAAAUUUGUGGUGUCGUGUGAGCCCAUGCAGGUGGGGCAAAUAAUAUAUGUCACAAUAAUGAAUCUCCAAACUCAUAAAAAAUUCAAUAAUAAUAAUGAUAAUAAUAAUAAUAAUAAUAAUUAUAAUAGACGGCUGUAUUUAAUUUUCAAAACGAGGUUUCCAAAGGGCUUUGACAGACAAAUAAAGGAUACAUAAGAAUAAAGAGCAGCGAGAAAAUUCAACAACAAUUUAACCAGGUCAUCAAGAACCAACACAAAAGACCCCAAACAACAUAAUUAACCCAAAACAUCUUAAGAAACCAGAAGGACCUUUAAGAGCCCAGGAGAGCCCAGAAACCCGGUAUGAACUGAGACCUGAAAGACCGAGGAGGUUUGAUGAUCGAGCAUUUAGAAAUGAAGAUGUAAAAACUAUAAAAAGGACUCAGCAGUAAAAUAUGAUUAAAGCAAUGAAAAGACCGAGAAACUUUAAAAAUUAGUAAAGAAAAUUUAAAAUUAGAGUGAUAAAACACAUUUAAAUAAAAUAAAUAAUAGAGCUGAAGACCAUAAACUGUGAAGUCUCAGAAAUAAUCUUUAUUUUAUCACAAAACCUGAAGAAUAACAAUCAUGUUAACAAAGUUUUGUCAUUGUUGUUUAAUUUAUAAACUAAAUUAUAAAUAGAAAAAAAAUCCUUGACUAAAAACACUUAAAAAUUUUGGGUGUUUUUUAUUUUCAGAAUUUUCUGUAGCAGAUUUGAAAGUUGAAGAGUAUUUAAAAUUUCCUUAAUUUUAAUAAUGUUAAAAAAAAACAACACACAUGUCCUGCAGCACCUGUUGCCCCCAAUGUUGCAGCAGAUUUAUAGAAGGAGUCAAAGACUGAUGGCGUCUUAUCACUGUUUAUCGGCGUAUCCUGUAACAGCAGUGGCUAUAAAAUAAGAGCAAUUAUAUUAAAAAUGUAAUAGAUGUGAGAGAUUUCUCAGAGAGCACAGUGCAAUAACACGGCCCUUGGAAACAUAUUUAUUUACUUUUAUUGCAGAAAUUGCAUUUAAAGCAUUUUAGUGGAGAUAAGAGAAGCAUUUUAAAGUUGCAAUAACUGUACAUUCAGAGGGUGAUAGUGUUGAUUUUCUCUGAGUGUUUCUCCCUCCAGGCUCUGUCGUUGACUCGGUUUUAUCCGGUUUUAUCACAGAUAUGCAGGCUCUCCUGUGGGCCCGAACUCCUCCAUUGUUGGUAUUUAUAUUCCUACUCCUUUUUUUUCCCCUGUCUGUGUCAGUGAAGCAGCUGAAAACCAUCCCCAGCGAUUAGAGGAUCAUUGUAUCUGCAGUUAAGCAUUUGAAUAGUGGUAGUAAAUCUAGAAAAGGGAAAUUCAGGGUCGCUGUAUAUGCUACUGAUGGCUGCCCAGGGGGAAGCCGGUGUCACAUAGUAAAUUUAGCCCCUUAGUGUCUUUACAGUGGCCGGCCUGAGAUGUUUGAGUGUAGAAAUAGAGCAAAAAGGAGUCCAGGAUGACUUCACAUCUAUUCUUUAAAGAGGCACAGAAGUGUUUAUUAUUUUUUCAUCUAAACUGCAUCGAGUUGAACAGACUUUUAAGAGAGAAACAACAGAAAUCUCUGCUCUGAAGAGUAUUUAUGAGAAAAGAAAAACUUUGGAAUCAAAGAUUUACCUGAUCAUCUGAAGACUUUAUCUUUUUUUUAUUUUUAUUUCUACUCAAAUUUCCAAAACCAAAAUCAAAGAAAUCCUGAAAUCACUUUUGCAUUAAUCCUCAGACCCAUUACACAUUAUUAGACGGCUCCACAGGCAUCAUGCAGCAGCCGGAUAUAAUGCACUGCAUGUUGUCUUUGGUUCAAACACAUGCAUUAGGAGGUCCUAAACACGGUUUAUGUAUCGAUGACUGAAGUCCUAAUCAAAUCAGGGGGAGGAUGGGAGGGCACGGGAGACACUCUGCCCUUAACCUCAGAGCCUCUCAGUCUCUCUCCUCCCUUUUGACGGCCGCCUUGCUGGAGGGACGCGCAGCAGAGGCCUUCUACUGUAAUGAGGAAAAAUGUAUCAAUUUAGCCUGGCCCGUGUGCAGAUUGAGCGCAGGGUGGGUGAAGGUGCACCGAGUGAAUCCUUUUUCCUAAUCAAGGACAGUAUCGAAGGGGAUUGCGGUCUCGCUCGCUUCGUCUGUAGAGUCAGCAGCAUUCCUCCCCUGCAGCCCCCUCAGGGCCAGGGAGCCUCUCUCUGCCUUCUGUUUCACCUCAUCAGCAGAGUUCACGCGGGGGUCAGGUCCUGCCCCCUGAUGCUGCAUUCAAUGCAAUACCUCUUGCAUCGAAAGGCGCUGUGAGAGCCCCCCCGUGCUCAAGGACUUAGCAAAAGAGAAAGAAAACAUAUGAGCGCUCUCUGAUUUUGAUUUCUACCUGUGCCGUGAGGGCGGUCACCUCUUCUACUCACUUCUAAAUACAGCCGUUUAUCUCGUAAAGUGGCCAGUGGAAGCUGAUGCAUUUCCCUGCAGAUUAUCCCGGCAGUAUGUUGUUGCUUUCUCUCUGCCUUUGGAUAAGAAAAGCAAAUUUAUUUUCCAGCUCUUUGGUUACUUUAUGAAUUUAUUUACCUGUGAGAGGGCACACACACUCCAAAAGACGUGUGACAAAGAUUUUCCGGAUGUUAAUAACUGGAUCAAUUCUUUUCACGUCCAUUGUCUGCUUUGUGUUCACAUCUAAAAGAGACAAAUGAAAACAACAACUUGAAAUUAAUCUGCAACAUUUGGAUAAUUUUUAAAAUACAGAUGCUAAAGUUUCAGGACCAACAGUUUGUGAGUUUUGUAGUUUCAUUUGCAGAGUGAUGAGAAGAUUCACGACAAGCUGAUGAUCAUUAUGACAGAUUUUCAUGCAGAUCACUAUUCAACCCGUAUUUUAAAAUUCCCCAGAUGAAUAUUAAGAAAUUUGCAGUUUCGUUAAUAUCUGUAUUUCAUAGGUCGCCUCGAAUGAUUACAGUAGAGCUAGAGAAGGAAAACACUUCUCUUCCUUUCCUGAACAAACACAAGUUCUUUCACUGCGGGCGUUUGUUUUUUUUCUUUAUCCAAAUCUAAAGGAGACCACAAAAACAGACCGCUGCUGUUCAUGCCGGCUCCUUGGCAGUUUGUCCUCAGCUUGGAGGAGAAAACAACUCUUUUUUUCUUUCUCUCAUGAUUUCCAUGCACGCUGCACCAGCCUCGAGCGGCAAGCCGAGGGGGGAGAGUCACCAGGAGGCAAAGUAUUCUGAAAGUGGAGUAGAGUAGAAAACUAAAAUUUCCAGACUUGUAGUUUUUUUUACUCUGUAAGUUGUCGUGUAAAAAGAAAGACAGAAAAUGAACAUUGUUAGCUGCAAGCAAGCGUGCAAUUAAAAGAUAAUAGACUCUCAUCUUGAGUGGUGAAAAGAUAAAGUAAAGAAACUGUUUAAUAAAAAAGUCAUCUGUCCAGUUAUUCUGUCAUAAAAUAUAAAAAAUUUAUGUUAAAGAAAAUAAACUUUAGCUUAGUCACCAGCCAAUACAGACCAAAUAACUCUACAUAUGAACUGAUGAUGAAAAUAACCCGCAGUUGCAGCCCCAUGCGUCAGUAUUACAUUAUACAGUAUACUGAAUAAACUCUGGGGCCGAUUUAAAGAGAUGAACACGUGUAAAUAUUAUUGAGGCUGACACAUCAAAUUUAUUAUCAUAUAUUUAACAUUUUAGGACAAAUAAGAGGCAGGACAUGUGCAACUAAAACAAACCCAAACAAAACAGAAGAGAAGGAAAAGAAGAAAGAAAAAACAUUACACAUGAUGAAGAGAAAUAUAUUGACGGCCAACUUGCUGCCUAAUAAGUUGUAAUAUGUUUCAUUGACUGGAUAGUUAAGCCGUGUAAUAUGUUUUUAAGUGUGUGGGGUGCUGAAUAUGUCACUUAUUUUGCAAAGAUCAAUCAAAACAGGUCUGGAGAGUCUGCACACGUUUACUAAAAAUGAUCACAGACCACUGUGAGUGUGCAGUGAGAACACACACAGUGAUUACACAAAACAACAGGCUCAGUUUGUGUAGCUGCCUGUAUGGCUAACGUUCACAAAAUGAGUGAACACACAGAACCAGAAUCAGCAUCUUUAGGUUUAACUGAUGGAUGUGGAUCGUUCUCACUCGCAUGAAGAUGGUUUUCCUUUAAGGACAGGUGUUUCCUAUCGAGACGCAGAUCUGCAGACUGCGUUAGGAAGCAGUCGCCAUAAGAGAUUCCUCGACAAUUAACUCGUUUCACCACCUGCAGAUUAACCACUGCACAGAAUAGGAGAAGAGCUGGUCCACACUGAUCGGUAGAGUUACUAGCAAAACAAAAACAUACCAAGUAACACACUCAGUUUGAAGUGAAUAAAUUAGACUGUUUUUCUUUUUAGUGUCCUAACAGCAUUUAACAUCCUUAGGAAAAGAGUGAGCUAGUAAACCAGACUUUACCAACACAGGUUUGUGUUUUUUGUUCACGAUUUUAAAGGAAUGCAAAAUAGUAUCAUUUAUUGUUAUCGGCAAAACCUCCAGGAAUUUAGACGCCUUUUUUUCAUCCUAAUCAUUUAGUUGAUUUGUUGUUUGUCCCAAGAGGGACAGACUCACAUUUUAGUGCCAGAGACAUGGCAAUGAAAGGAGCAUAUGUUCAGAGAGUAUCCCAAAUUAUAACAACAGAGACACACACAAAACAAAGCUGACUCAUAAAGUCACCUGUAUCGAAACGUUGAUUCUUCUAUUACAGGCUAGUUUUUAUUUCAAUGACCUCCUGACCCUGUGUUUGUUUAUGUGCGCUGCAUUCUGAAGAAACUCUGCAGUGUAAUCCACUACAGUCCAAUCCACUGUAUUUGUAUAACAGAUUUAUCCAAACUGGAAUGUUUACCUGGGCAGUAAAAUGAAAGCAGAACAAAAACAAAGUUGAAUUAACACUGUGUACACUUAAUAAAAGCAUAGGAACAAAUAAAAACGAAAAAUAAACACAAGGAUAUUCAGUAAAAAGAAUCAAACUAAGAAUCAACAUAAAUCACAGCUCUUAUGCGGUGUUAAAACCAAAGGAGUAAAAUUAAGUUUGGAGAUGAGAUUUAAGGAUAUGCAAGGUCACAGAUGUUUUAACAGAGAGGAGAGGGGAGCUGCACGGUCACCUCUUGUUUUCAGCCUGGUUAGAGUAAGGGUUAAGGUUAGGACCGUAAGAAACAGCUGAUCUCUGUGACUUUGAGGAUGUGGACACACACAGGAGAAUUGUAGUGAUUGUACCCGACUCACCCUAAAAUAUGAUGUGUGUGUUUUUUAACAAGAUUUCAAAUAUGAAAAAAAGGAAACAGAGAUACACCUUCUUUCAUUCUCCUCUCGCUCUCUUUGGACGUGCACCUGGUUAAUUUGGAGAUGUCAAUAGCUGAGCACGAGUGGUCCCUGCCUGUUGAAGUACACGUCCCCCUGCUGAGAGUAAACCCUCUAUUGAUGCCGUUGCAGAAGAGCUACUUAAGCAGCUGCUCUCUCUCCUUCAGCAUCUCCAUCUUCUACAGAACCAUCAACAUGCUCUUCGGUGCAUUUUUCUGUUUUUCCAACAUCUUUGUUGCAUUAUGACCACCGUUAGAUCUAAUGUAACGUAUUAGCCCUUCCACCCAACCAUUUCCCUUCAUUUUGAUUCACUCUCUUUCCAGCCUUUGAUUGACUUUCAGCCUAAGUAAAGUGGAUUUUAAUGAGAGAAUACAUUAACUCCCUCUGGUCAUGCUAACAUAAAUCAGCCUUUUCUUGCGGGAUCAACUGCUGAGCUCAUAACACCAUGCUGGGAGAGUGUGAAUAACCAAAUGAGGGAGUGCGGCUGUGGCAGACCGCUGGCAGCUCAGAUGCAUUGUUGUGUGUGUGUCCCUCCCCCCCCUCGAGUUUCAAACAAGUUCACGAAGGCAGCCGAACGCAGCACUUAUCAGCAUACAGGUCAGCUUGCUCAUGGAAACGUUCAUACAUCAGGAUCAAUUAAAGACAUAUCUUUGCUCGAUUUCUAUUGAUUAUCUCCCUCCAUUUGGAAAUGAGGGCGACUCCCAUCUUUCCUCUGUGAUGACCACCGAGCACAGUUAGAUUCAGUUAGCGGCGCCUCGCAACUCCUCACCUUGAUUUACAAAAGCGGCUCCAGCAUCACAUCUGUCUGCUUCUCUUUGUUGGUAAUUGCACUCAGCUAAAUAGGUUAUGCUGAAAUAUCAAUAAAUUGCCAUCAAAUUAAUGUCAAUACCAAAGCUGUGGAUGGCGCUAAUUAAAACGCAAAAGGGAUGAAAAUGAAGUCAAGGCAUUGCCCUGAAUAAUUGAUAACGCAAUUUAUGAUUUUUAUGAAAGAGUGCCGUCUGUCUGCGAUUUUGAUGAGGGCUUAAUUAGAUGCAUUAAUGUGUCUCUCUGUGCCUGUAGUCAAACUCAAAGCUCAAACACCAUGAUGGUUGUUGGGGUAUUUUAACUCACUAAAUUGCUUAUUUUCAAAUAACAUUACCUCUGAAUAUCCUCUUAAAAUUGCAUGGGUCCCUAAGAGGUGUUAGUGUGCAAUUUUCAUUAAAGGAGGCAUUCGUUAGUGUUGGACCAAUCAGGAGGCUGCGUUUGUCACACAAGGGGGGAAAAAAAGAGACGUUACCAUGUGCUCACAUUAGUGUCAUGACAAACUUGGUAAAAGCCAGGUGCUGCUGAAGUUUGACGCAUCUCUGUCAGAGGGGGUCUGAGGUUGACUUUGACCUUCACAGGGUCUUCAUCAGGGCGUGGUCGAAAAACACAAACAGGUGAGGGUCCAUUUAUAACAUCAUGUCGGUUUAUUGAAAAAGUAGAGGAACAGAAAUAGACGACAUGACAAUAAAAGGAAUAUAAAACGGCACAGUCAGUGAGAACAGUAUUUACUCGGCUUUCUAACAACCCCUCUGCUGUUUUAAAUACUUGACUCUGAUUGGUCAAAAACCCUGUGACGACCUCUUGACAAAGAUCACAGUGAUAAUAUCAAAUAAGUUGAGUUGUAAGAGUUUUAACAUAGACAGCAAACAUAAGCUUUGAUGGAAAUGGUUAUUAUAAACUUCACUGCUGAUUGAAAUUUCCAAUUUGAUUAGAUGAAUUAGAUUAGAUGUUUGAUAUUCACUAUGCUAAGGUUACCUAGAUCUUUGAUACUCUGAUUCUUUUCACUGUUAUAUGCUUUAAAGUGAUUCAAUAUUCACUGUUUAUAUGUUUGGUAAGGUUGAAAAAUAUCAGAGCCUUUAAAACAGAAAAAACAGAUUCACACUCAUAUUCAACUAGAACAGUGAGAGGGUGAGCAGCAGCAGCGGAGGUCCAUUAAUGUAGAGAGAAAGAUGAUCAAGUCGUCAAUAUGGCGAACUUAAAUAUGAAGUUAUCCCCUGAUUUGAUUGAUUGAUUGAUCGACACAAUGAUUACACCCUAAAGGACGUAUAAACCCGUUCAAAUCUCCAUAUGAACCUGCUGGAAGGUGCUGAAGCUGAAGUCGCUCUCUGCUCAGCCCACCGUCACAGCCAUUACUGCUAACUCCUUGUUCAUAGAUUGUUUUUUUAAGUCUUUUUACAUCUACUAAAAAUACAGAUGUUACGUUAUUGCAGUUGUACGUCCAUAAAAUGACCAUACUAGUAAGAAGAUUAGAAAAUACAGACGGAGAUCAUACUCUCUGCGGAUACACACACCUCCUCUGGACUAUACCUCCUAACCCCUAACCCUUAACACUAACCCCAACAGUAAAUCAUGUUAUUCAGCUUUUUCGUGCAGGUUAAAAAUAAAAAAAUAGCAAAAAUAUAACCGUUUUGGAUGCCUAGUAGUUCAGUUUUGUUACAGGAACAGGUAUUUUUCUGGUAUUAUAUUAAAUAAAAAUUCUGUUAGCAUGACGACCCUACACUGUGACCCGUCCCCAACAUUAUCAUAAUAUUUUAGAUAUCACAAACAGUCAAUUAAGGGGACAAUAAUCACCAUGGCAACUCUGUUAAAGCAAUAAAAGGGAAUGGAUAGACUCAGAGCAUAUAUCUCCUCAGACGUGACUCAGAAGUCGUUGAUUUUAUGAUUUUUAUGAGUGAAAACAUGUUUUUUUUACUCAUCCUUGACUCCAGUGAGAGUUCCUUAAGACACCCCCUCCGGUUCUCCCUGUUGACCGGUUCUGCUUUUGUCCAUGGCGGGUCAAAGCGGCAUCAAGCAGUGCGAUGCUUUCAGGUCGCGCAGAAGAAACCGUCACGCUCACGUUUCGACCACGUCUGUGUUUGGUUGUUGAAGUGAGGUCAGGUCGUCGGGCGUCAAAGUGUUAAGCACGCAUGAAUGUGUAAUGUUUAUUGACUCUAGCAGAUCAGAGUGAUCCUGUGUUGAUUCUGCACCUCCUCAUCUAUUAGCCGGGCUUGACCUUUGGAGAUAAAUGAAGAGUGAGGUGAGCAGACAGAUGAGGGGAUUAGAAGUGGGCCGCGAAAGGGAAGCAGGCCUGGGAAUAAUAAAAAAUGGAGGGACUGCCGGCGGAUGGAUGAGGUGGAGGAGCAUAAUGAUCGCUGUUUGUUAUGAUGUACUGAAUCAGGUUCUCUUUGACGAAACAGUCCUUAGCACCUGUGUAUUUAUAGUGUCACUGCUCAGUCCAUCCACAAAGGCAGGCUGAUGAUAUGUGAGUGUUUUAGUGCACAGAGGUGUCUGGGGCUCUGCUCUGGUAUGACCUGCUCAUCCGUCAGGACCGCGAGCUGAAGCGGGGCAGGGUUAUGGGAUCACAGGCUGGACGGUUGUGAACUUGAAUCUCUGGAUGGUUAGCCAAGCAAAAAUCCAAUAUCCUCUGAGUUUAAGUUAUUUAAGGGCAGAGAUUUGACUGCACACCAAAACUUUUAAAGAUAAGAGCCCCCUAUACUUGAGACUCUUCAUGCUCUUAAUUUUUAUGAAUGAGGAUGAGGUCCCUGUUUGUCUAAUUUCUGGGUAUGCCAUUUAUCGAAGCCAGUUGUGGGAUGACAUGUUGGGUUUUUCCCAGCAUGCCUGAGGACUGGAGGGGAUGUACUCUGGAAAUUCCCCCAGUCAUCAUCAGCAGACUGACUGUGGUGUCUCACUGACUGGUGUAAAUGGUCUUUAAAUUGUUCCUGCGUUUCAGACUAACAAGGCGGUUCCUGCCCUCCCUUCGCUAAUGCCCGUUGACGAAUGAAUUCGGAGGAAGUCCAGCUUUUGUUUUUGACACAUGAGAAAGCCAGGUACUCCUGAGGAAGCAGAGGGCAGAUCCUGAGGUUGAGGUUGAUCUGGGGUCAGCUUUACAUGUUACCCUCUGAUGACAGAAAGGCUCGGUGAUCGUUCAAAUAAGUAGAUUUGUUGUUUGAACUUUAAAACGAUAUGUUGAAACGUCCUAACAGAGUAAUAACUACACCCUGAAAUUCUCUGUGAGUGUUUGUGCAUAUCUGCAUAUUAUUCUCUAUUAUACCACAGAAUAAUUAAAUGAUAAUUAAAAUGAAAAAGUUUAUAUAAGUAAACAUCGUACACAGAACCUUCAUGGAGCGAAACAUAACACCAUGAAGUCGGGUUCCUCUUUAAAGCGGCCUCACCAGGCUUACAAACUACAUGAGCUGCAUUGUCUAUUUACUGCACUAAUUAACUUAAGCCUUUAAGCGCUGCCAUUGACCUCUCAUCUUUAACAUCUAACUUUGCAAAUUGAAGAGAGUUGUUUGAAUUUCCACAGGAUGGUCACUCCCAUUAAAAGUGCAGCGUUGGCUGAUGGAUGGACUGCAGCGCUCAGCAGCACUGUAAAUGUAUUGAUCCUCUGUUUCCCAAAGCCUGGCAGGGAUGUAUUUGACCCGCAGGGAUGGAGACUGUGUGUUCACGGUGUGUGCUUGUGUGUGUGUGUGCGAGGGUUGCCUUGGAAAUUAAGUAGGUGUUCAUCAUUAGGAACACGCGGCGAAACAAUCAGUCCAGGAUUUAAUUGGUAGAAACUACUUCAAGACUCCAAAUGCAAAGACAAGCUGCUUUUUCCUCUUUUCUGUUAUGAAUUCAACAUAUGUGCAUGUUGGUCUUAAAAAACACUUUUUAUUUUGGACUUUUUAAAGACAAAUUAUCACUUCUAAUUCACAGACUUUGGUGACAUCCCCCUUGUUGCAGUCCAGGACCUCACCAACAUCUUGAAGCAAGGCUACUUGGAGAAGAAGCGCAGAGGUACAUAAACACCAGCUCAUGAUAAAAACAAAUCAUAUCUGUUGGUUUUUUAAUUGAUCAUUGUGUACACCUUCUGUAAGAUCACAGCUUCUUUGGCUCAGAAUGGCAGAAGAGAUGGUGCGUCCUGAACAAUUCAAUAUUCUACUACUUUGGGAGUGAGAAAGGUCCGUAUGAAAGGAAGAUGUACUCCAACAGUUCAGCUUUAAAGAUUAAAUAACGUCCUACCAGCUCCUCUUCUUUUACAGAUAAGCAGCAGAAAGGUUCCUUUUAUAUUAAUGAAUACAGUGUGCAGCUGGUGACUAACCUGAGAAAGGACUCCAAAAAGACUUGCUGUUUUGAGCUCUUUGCUCCGGGGCGGCGGGCUUUCCAGGUCUGUAUCACCACACUAAGUCUAAAAAGUGUGUCAUGAAACUCUGGUAAAUUUUCACUGUGGGAAUAUUCAGAAUAGUUGUGUUAUUUACUGAAAACUAUAAAGUAAAACAAACACAAUCACUCAUCUUAUAGAAAAGCUACACAAGAGUUUUAUCAGUAACUUUUUCAAUGACCACGUUUGUCUAUUUUUAAAGCUCCUGUGAGGAACUUUCCAUCUGUGUUGACUUUGGCGCCCCCUGUGGACAAAGUGUAAAUGUUUAAGAUAAGAGAUAAGAUAAGAUGUUCCAUUAAUAGUCCCACAGGGGGGCAAUUCCCAAAUUACAGCAGCACAGUAUAGAUACCAAAAGACCAAAAUUAAAAGAUAAAGAAACUUUGAGUUAAAACAGGAUAUGUGCAUGUGUUAUAUUUACAAGUUUUUAUUACAGUUUGUUGUUGUACCUGCUUUUUCUUGGCAGUUACAGGAAUAAAAAAUUACAUAAUAAAAAUAGCCAGUCUUAUUUGCAUCAGUAUAUCAUAAAAAGGUGUUAAUGUUCAUCUGGCUGUUUCAUAACGAAUCAAAAGCUUCCCACCAGAGCAGCUUAUGUUCAAAGUUAUAAAGUUAAGAAGCUUUUUAAGUAAGUUUCUUUAGAUGCGGCUUUUUAACUCCACAUUAUUACUGUCAUAUGUUCAGCUUUUUUUAUUUCUCAUACUGUAAAAACAUGCUUUUAUUUUGAAAUGGAGUAUAUGACACUUUCUCGCACACACUCCUGCAUGUGAGCAUCCAUGAUGGUCACCCUGGAAUAUAAAUAUGAAUUAAAGCAUUAAAGAAGAUUGCCUUAAAAUGGUUGAUUAACUAACAAAUAAUUCUAUUGCAAACUGAUUAAAUGAGUCCCUGGAAAAAUAAAUAAAUAAACAAAUAUAAUUUUGUGGAGAAAUACAUGAAAAUUUAAGUUUCUCAUUUAGUAACUACACGACAAAAAUCCCUGACAUUUUUUAAUCCUCUAUAAUAGAAAUAAUAUCAAUAGUUUUUAUAAUGAAAAUCAAUGAUAAGAACAGCUGUAGGUGAAUUUAGAUAGUUUGGAAUUACAGCAUUAAAGAGCAGUAAUAAAUAAAAACCAUCAGAGUAAAUGAUCAUUGAAAUGAUGAUGGUUAGUUGUAGCUCUAUAUAGGACUGUAAUGGUGACAUAAAUAUGUUGGUUGACUUUAAUCCUCCUGUGUCACUCGCUCUUUAACCCAUCCAAAGAACAUGCAUGUGUGUGUGUGCUGCAAAAACACUCUUUUCUGACUCAUUAGGAAUUUAUUCCUGUUAAUUAAAUAUCCCAGAAGCAGAUCUAAAGGAAGUGUUUUUUUUUCUUCCAAAAGAGGGAUUUUAUUUGCUUCUUUUUCUCCUCUUUAUUUGACAGCCAGGAAGAGAGUUUGUUUUAUGCCUCAUGGAUUAAAAAAUUACUUUGAUGUCCGUGCACCGUUAGACGAGAUGAUAAUUGCAAGUUUAUUGCCUCUCUUUCCACCAGUUCACUGCCAGCAGUCCUCAAGAGGCCAGAGAAUGGGUGGACCAAAUCAAUUUUGUUCUUCGAGGUAAGAAAGCUUUCUCCCUCUGGCUCCUAUUGUCUUUGCACUUUUUCAUCCGAGUGUUUUUUUUCUCCUUCUGUUGCCUCUAAGAGAGAGUUCCUGCUUUUUCUGUUUCUCCUUUGGAUUUCUUAUUCUAAUAAAUGGUUCAAAGAUAAAACCUCUCUGAUACACGCUCAUACUAAAAUAAAUCACAUCGACUUUAGGUGACUUUUGAAAAAGCUCCGUCUAUUUUUAUCUGUGUUGUUCUUAAGCGUGCUUGUGUUUGAGGGGCAGAGAGGUCAGAAAUGAAAGGAAACCCUUUCUUCAUCACUGACUGAGAUAAAAACCACCUGAUCCAUCAGGAACCUGACAGCCAAAAACCGGGGUCCUGAAUCUCCUCCUGUCACCCACCAUGUCCUGCAGCCCUCUUAACCCCCUCCUCCCCUGACCCUCCUACAGAAUUCCAGCUUACAGGAAAUUGAUUGGUAGCUGUUCUGGUUAUCCUCCAGUGACAUUGAUUUCUGCUCGGCCGCUGCUGUACGGCCGAGGACCUGAUACCCUGUGUUGCAGCGGCCAGUCGCCUGCAAUGAGACGGCUCCUCCAUCUGAGCGAGCCGGUCUUCUCUAAAAUGGGCUCGGCCCGGGACACUGAUUUGCGGGAAGUAACAGACACUCAGCAGUUUGUCUUACUUCCUCCAAGCCCAGUUAUCGAAGUCCCAAACACAGAUGGACACAGAUGAUUUUUUUUUACCUCUUUAUUCUUUAAGUAAACCUGAAAAAUCCUGACUUUUCUUUUCCUUGUGUUUUUAUUUUUUAAUGCUUCUGCCUGAUUGAUUAUUUUAAUGAUCAAAAACACAAAUAAGAGCGAAAGAGGAGGAGAGAGAUGCUUAUAGAUUUAUGGCUGAAACUAUGAGAUAAUCUGCACAUUACUUAGUAGAUUCACUGAUUUAUUGUUUGUCUCAGUCUUCAAUUGUCUGAUCUAGACUGUCGACAUGGAAGCAUCCUCUGCCCUGUCGUUUCUUCGUUUCAAACACUUGCUGAUUUUUUAUGUUAAUCAGCUGAUAGAUAAGAUCAUUCAUCUUUGCAGACUUAAUUACAAUCUGUAAUAUGAGUUAUAAGUCUGCAAUGAAUCAAAAACACUUUUAAUAAUAUUUUUUUUGAUAAUCUAAACAGAGGAUGUAAAACAAAGAUAUGGAUUAGUUGAUUUAUUGAUCCACAGCACAUCUGAUAGUAACAUCAUUAUUGAGAAAAAGCCAAACUUCUGUCGAUCAGGACUUCUUGUGUGAUCGAUUUGCUGCUUUAUCUGUGAUGUAGACUUAAAAAGAAGAGUAUAGACUAUUAAAAUAGUAAAUACUCAAACAGUAUAAGAAAUGGUAAAAGUGCAUGUUGUAUUGUUUUUUUUUACAAGACAUGAAAACGCUCCAAUCUUUAUCCCCUCUGCAGAUGGGUCGUGAUUUUUGCAUAUUCUUUUAUCAAAUAGUUGGUGUGACUAUUUUCAUAACUCCUUUUCACUUUAGAAAAAUGAAAAAGCUCUGAGGCCUUCUCUCUUUAAGCCUUUAUUUUCAUGGCAUGAUCACACAGCCCUAAAAAAAACAAACUUUGACAUGUUUCAGCAUCAAACCUCCAAUUGGAAGUCAAACGUCCUGACGGAGGAGAAUACUUUAGACCUUUUUCUUCUUUUUCUACAACUGUAUGAACCCCUAAACUUAAGCGCUCCUUUCUCCAGUUUUAAGAAAUCUUUUCAACUAUUUCGACCCGCACCUGAUGGUCGUAGCACAUCUUAAAGCUGUUAAACAACGAAACAAAAAGAGAGUGUGUAAGUGCCAGCAUACGGUUACACAAACAUGACACUGUAAGAUUCAGAAAUGGAGAAAGUUGUGGACUCUUCGGCUGCCGUGAAACUUUUUUUCUUCUCUGUAAAACUCGCUGAUCUGGAUCUGAUCUGCUUUCAUGGGUCUCUCUCUCUCCUUUUACCUCCAUGUGAGCUUGUCGAGGUGGGACGAGGAGUCGACUGUUUCAAAACAGAAACAGAACAAACAUCCAAAGUCAUUUAAUCUUGAUCAGGUUGACCAAAAAUUGAAGUGAGGGUGAGAUUUAGGAAGCAUCUGUGAAACCGGAGGCCCAACCUUUUCUCCGUAUUUGUGACUCACUAACGAAUGACUCCUCUGGAAUAAACUUUAGCUUGAAUAGAUAAUCAAAACAAUUGUUGUUUACAGCCUGAAUUAAAGCCUGCAGUGCUCCGACUCCUGCGAUAAGUCACAUGCUGUUGUCUGUUGUGUGGUCUGGGUCCAUUUCUCUCACUUUCCUCUUUAAUGUGUGUGUGUGUGUCUGUGUGUGUGUCUUUGUGCUGCGCUCUGCUCCAUCUUAACGCUAACACCGCCCAUCACUUUGUCUCUCCUUCCCCGCCAUAGAUCUCAGCUCUAGCUCCAUCCCCGUCGAUGAGGAUGAGGAUGAGGAGGAAGAAGAGCCCUAUGAUGACAUUGAGGGGAUGACGGGCCCUCCCCCACCUCGGCCUCGUGCCGCCCCAGCCUUCAGAGGAGGAGGUUACGAGGCGGAGGAGGCCGAGGAGGAGGACGAGGAUAUCUACGAGGUGGUGCCAGGUAUGAGGAUGUGGACUCUUCAGCACCUACACACACUAACACACACUAACACACACAAACUCAUGAUACUCAGUCAGACAAAUAGACACGCACACACGCACACUGGAGCCCUGGGGAUUUUUGCAGGAAGAAGAAAUAUCAGUGCCGGUCUCCCCUGGCUCUGAAAUUGGUGUUGCCAGGUGCCUCCCUAACACCACGGCAACCAGACGGAUCCCUCAUUUUAAAUCAAGCAACACUAAUAAGCUUGUCAGGACCGAGGUGGCAGCUGCAGAAACACACCAGGCAGAAAGAGAAGACUCUCCUCCUCACAUCAGUUUCCUCCUCUCCGAUCUGUUUAGAAACAGUUUUGUUGUUGAAAUCAGCGAGAGCCGCGUCGGUUCUGAACGCUCUGUCACAGAACAUCCAAUUAGCUAAUGUUGCCAGGCAACAAAUAGCCCACAAUUCAAUCCAAUAAGCGGAGUUUUGGGUAAAAUCGCCUAGCAACAGCAAUUUAGCUGAAAGGAAGUAAAAAACGGCAUCACUCAGGGCUUAAAAUAGUUCUGCAGCUCUUAAUGUCACUCCUUUAAUAGAAAUUAGAGUUUGAUGGAGACUCCCGAAUCAGUGCGUGUGAGCACCAGCCCCAUGUGUCAGCGUGGCUACAAGAUCCCAAGAAGGACAAAAGAGGUGAUCUGAUCUUCUCCAGGCCGUCGUCCAUCACUCUUUCUAUUAAAUAAGAUACAUCAAGAUUCUGUUUCACUCACUGAGUACAUUACCUUCGCCAAAAUCAGCGGUGAGAGGGAGAUCAGUCUUCAGUCUGUCACGCCGGCGUUCAAAGCCAUCUGGGAGGAGGUACAGACCCUGACCACAGAUGGCGUAUCGAAUGACGAGCUCUUUCGUUCACUUUCUCACCCCUUCACUUAUCAAUCACUCCGCACCUCUCUUUGCGCACUUACUGCUCGUACACAGUAUUUAUACGGAGGUGAAUUUUUUAUUGUUUUGUGAACAAAGUGUGACUUUGAAGGGACGAGGCGUUUAAUCUUAAUUUAAUGUAAAAUCUAGAACCGAAGCAAAAGACCGGAACAUGAGACCCGGUCUGUUUCUCAGGGGGUAAAGAUUCAAACUACAUCCCUGCGUGAAGACUUUCAACGCCUCCAUGAAACAUCAGAUGAGUUUGGACAAAAUCAAGGAUGGAAAAAUACUUUUUUGGUCUCUGAGAAAGACGCUGGUAAAACAUAAAGAACUGCAGAUAGACUGAGAAACUAUGAGGUGAAGCUGAUGUCCCCUCUUUAAUUUUUUUACUCUAAAAAGUCUCACCGCCUCACCUUUUUGUGAAUAUUCGCAGAGGAAAAUGCAAAAGUAGGCUGUAAAUGAUCUUAUACUGACCCCAGACCAGCAGUUAAAGUUGUUAAAAUGAUUGUAAAGAAAAGGUCAAAGGGAUCUGUAAUCAUUUAAAUCAGUUAAAAACUCCUCACAGAUGCUUUAAGGUCUCUCUGAGGUUAUUCGAUCAAAUACCAGAAACGUCAAACUCGUAGUCACCAAACAAGUGAAGAAAUGUGGAGCAGGAGUGAAGCGUCGUUUUCCCUCCCACAGUUUCGUCACAGCAAAACUCCAAACGCGGCUCGGUCGCGGGCAGAUUGCAGAGCGAUGGUGGUAUUGGCUCCGGUGCUGAUGACUGAUUUUAUUGACUGGAAAAUUAAAUCACUUUGAUAUAGAAACUGUUGGCCCGUAGCGAUGGCCCUCUCAACUGAAAGACGCUCGUCUGUACCGCAGCAGAAGAGUGACAAACAAAUCUAGAAUCUCUUUUCAGUCACUCUGUUUUUACUGUGUGAUUAAUGUAAAUAAGAAAAAUGAGAUUUUAGUUGUUAAUUCAUGAAAAUAAGAGACUUCUGAGCGUGUAUUUAAAAUGGAAAAAGCUGAAAAGACAUCAAACUUAUGAACAUUUUCUGCCCUCAAACACACAAUGAUAGCAGAUAUGCGAGUGGGUAUACAGUGUGUGUGUGUGUGUGUGUGUGUGUGUGUGUGUGUGUGUGUGUCCCCUGUCCGUCCCACUCUUCCUGGAAGCAGAGGCGCAGGUUGUGCUGGGAGGUGGAUAGUGUUGCGGGGUUGUGGCGGGGCUGUCAGCCCGCUCCUGUAAAGGAUGGAUGUGGGAGACAGAGGGCAGGCAUAUCACUGUGUCACCCCUCAGACCACCGGGUGCCACGCCCCGCAGUCGAUGACACGUCCGCCUCCCCUGCUGGCUUUAAAGACAGCCUCCUUUCUCUUAAACUUCUCCUGCCUCUCCUGCCCGCUGAUGAAUUUGUUCUAAUUGACCAUGAUGGAAGAGUUCAGGGAAAUAGAUGUGCUGUGUCAUGUGGAGAUUCAUCAGAGAUUGACUGAUGAUCCUUUUGAUACUUGUUUUUAAAUGUUUGCUUAGGGAUGCAAAUUCUAAGUAUUUUCUUUAAUCAAUCUUUGGAAAUGUUUCUGAUCGAUCACUCGUUUAAAAAAAAAAGAUUUUCCUAAAUCAUCGGGUCUUAGUAUUUUUAAUAGCAAAUAACUGACAGGACUGCGCAGCUACAGAUGUUCAGAUUGUUCAAAAUGCUGAUUACCAACAUGCAGAGCAGACUCAUUAUGAUAAUAAUUAUAAUCUCUGCAGACAUGUAGUCAAAUAGAGCGAGGCUCCGAUAUCAAACGUGGAAUCACUGCAGAAAGAGAUCCGAACAGAAACACAUUUCAGACUCUUCAGUUUUCUGGAAAAUAUAAGUGCGUCCAAAUCGAUUCUGAUUUCGGCCCCUCAAGAUGAGACUGAAGGAGGUUGUGCUGCCUGCUGCUGCGUUACCCCGUUACGUCCUCCCUCUCUUCCUGAACAGCAGAGCCUGGGUGCAGCUAUCACCCCUCCCCUCAAACACUCUCACUUCAUCAUAAGCAGCUCGGAUCGAUGUGAAACAAAGUUUGGGAGCAUGAGGAAGUUAUGGCUCUUUCUAAGAUUAAUGGUGGCCACAGGUGGAGAGAGAGGAGAGAAGGGAGAGGAGCAAGAGGAGGAGGAGGAGGAGGAAUAGGAGGAGGAGGCAGGGGUGUGAAUGUGUGUGACUGAAAAGCCAAGGGACAGAAUGAAGAAAGUCCUUUCAGUAGUCACACGAGAGAUGAAUGUUGCCGACCGCUUGCUUCUCUAGUUAUACCAACUUUAGUAACGACUGCUUGAUAGCAAUACAGAGCGGUCUGAGGAGCCAUAAACAAACCUCAAAUAAACGCCACUCUAUAGGCACAAAUAAUGCUCAGGACAGCACCUAACUUCAUCAACAGGACAUAUAGGGUCACAGCCAUAGAACUAGACACCAAACAUCUUAUUAACUUUGCCUAAUUUCUUUAGCAAAGAGACUAAACACAACUCACCUACUCUCUUCCAGUCAAAUACGGACUGCUGCGGGGUGACGCAGCUCAAAGAAGAACAUUUAUGAUAAUUUCUUUAUCAUUUCCUUUAAGUAAUAAUCAUCAUAUUAAUAAUUUUGCUCUGCAGACGCAAUAGUUCUUCUGUCUCAGCGUCUUGGUCUGAUUGUAUUUCCAUGAAGAAAUUAUCAUAAAUGUUCUUCCUUGAGCUGCGACACCCCGCUGUAGUCCAUAAUGGACUGGCCUGGAAUAUCCCUUUAAAAUAGUUGAUAUCAUGAUUUUUGUCAGAAUCCAGCUGCUCCAAGUGCAACCAAGUCAAGAGCAGAAAACGCCCACUCAGAGGGCGCUGAUGUUACUGUGUUUGCAAAGAUACUGGUAGGUCAGCUUUGCCAAUCUGACUUUCUACCAGUCUGACAGCUUUGUAUCCAGAGGGGGGGUCAUGCCCUGCAAAUAGUUCUUGACCUCUGUGGCUGAGGAUCUCCGCCCAGGUGUGACAUUUAAAGCAAGUUAGAAACUCAAAACAACCUCCUAAAAACUGAAUAUGAUCCGAAUCCGUGUUAUUUAUCUCUGCCUGAUAUAAAACAGAAAAAAGCAUUUUUAAAGCACGGUCUUUUCUUGUUACAGCAGGUCUGACUUUCCUGGUUUAUCUUGAGUAAAAAUCCCCCCUGCUGCUGAUCAUUAACGGAUGCAUGGACUAAUUUUAAUUCUCAAAAGUGGUUUUCUUGUCUUUUGUUAGUUUCAGAAGAGGAUUUCCAAGAUCCAACAGAAGAGAUCAGCGAGAAGAGCAACAAAUCAGGUCUGACCUCAUUACAGUCUCCUCCGUAUAAUGAGAACAUCCACGACUUGAUAGUUUUUUUCUUUGAUCGUCUUUGCCUAGAACUUGGAAAACGGAAACUUUUCUCAUCCUUUUGUUUAAACGUGCGCUCUUUGUUUUCUCUUAGCGUGGUCAUCAGAUUACGCUAACUACUACCAGGGUUUAUGGGACUGCCAGGCGGACGAGCCGGACGAGCUGGCCUUCCAGAGGGGAGACCUCAUCUAUAUCAUCAGCAAGGUCAGCAUCUCAAUCAGGACAAUUUAAAAAAAACAGGAUCUUCUUUUCGGACAGAAGCAGAUUAAAAAGGGAGAGAGCUGCUCUGUCAUUCAUCUCUAAUGGGAGUCAUCUCUGAUUGCACCCUGGACUCAUCCACACAAUUACAGGAGCAAUUUUAGUUGUUUAAAAUGAGUCUAAUGUGAUGUAAAUGUGUACGAUGCGCAAUUAUUUAAGGGUUAAACAACAUCAACUCCAGUAAUCACUUGGUCCUCAUUUACUUCCCGAACAUGCUGAUAUCCCCAACAUCUAAACCCUUCUGUUAGCGAGCGCCUGUGUGUCGAUGCAGCAGCGAAGCACCAACAGUGGCAUUGUCUUUUUCGCGGGGCCACUAGGGUGAAGUGCCAUUCGGGCGCUGCGUAAUGGUGCUGUUGUUCAUUAUGGAGCCUCUAUCACAGGGGUUAAUUGAGUAGGCAGCCAUGCGAAGCUCUUCUUUUCUGUUUGACAUAAACUGCAGGUGAAGCCAUCCUGCAUCUCAGCUCUUUUCCCUCAAUCUAUUUCCUCGUGUUUUAUUGCCGCCGUGUAGUUACAUGCAGAGUAUCUACCAGUGAAAAGCCACCCUACUGGAAAUCAAUGGCUUGUAAUUUGGGCACUUUUCCUCUGCAGCGUUCAGGGACUUGUUCGCCGACUGUUGCUAUUGGAUGGUUUGAAAUUGAAUCAUCAUGUUCUGUAUUUAGGCGAAAUUAUCUGAAGAGCAGAGAGAGGGAGGAAUUGCCGUAUAUUCAGCUGUUUUGUAAGUAAUUAUGUGGUUGAGAUUGAGAAAUGAUGUGUUCAACAUCAUGAUUUCUUGCAUCUUUAAUCAGCAGCUGGAGUCUCUGAAUUUUAAUUAUUUGUAAUACGCCGCUAAAGCGCGGAGACGUUAACGCCCUCUCUGUUCUGGUGAAGUUUUCAGGUUUGGACAAACAAAGGGUGAGAAAAAAAGGAGCUUUUGUUUAUAAGAGCAGACACGGCACAGGUGAAAUAUGCUCCUCACAUAAGAUGGACUUUUAAUUGAGCUUCUCUUGGCAGAGGCAGAUUAAUGAGAUGCCAGCCUCCUCUGUCUGUGUGUGCUGCUUGAUAGGGGAAAAUGUCAAAACAGCCAUGUUCAUUUUUCACGCCAGGAUGACAAAGGCGGCGUACUUGAGGAAACAAAGGGGACCUGGCUCUGCGCUGCAGAUCCGCCUCAGCCCUGCCUCCUGUAUCACUCCUCACUGUACGGAUCAGAUUACGGACUCGCUGGAGACCUAAAAAGCAAACUCAGUCCAGGUUUGAGGAAGACUUGGUUGUAGUUUUUCGCCGUCUUAAUAACACAGAUUACUCUUGUAUUGUCAAGCUGUGUGCUAAAGCUGAAACAUCAUCACAGACAGAGUUCCUGCAGAAAGUUUUACUAAGUCUUUGACCAGAAUUAAAAAUUUUGAAGUUGUAAAAAGCCUAAAAAAGUCGUAUUUUUCCUCACAUUUUAGAUCGGACAUUUCUGGCUCAUGCCCGAAUACUAAAUCAAAUCCAGGCCGUCCUGAUAGCAUGAUAUGAGAUGUUAUCAUUUUUCUUUGGAGUGGAUUUGCUCGCUCACUAGACAAAUUUGGCGUUCACUGCAGCUUAUUCCUCAUGCAUUCAGAAAACUGAGAAGGAGAAGAAAAGGAGAUCAUGCAAGCUCAAAGAAAAUUGUCCUCAGGAUGAAAAAUACAGGAAGGAGAAGUUAACAGAGGCGAACUUGGUGAGGGGACUUGCAAGAUAAGCGAAAGCUUCGUAUUAAAGAGGCGAAUCUAUCAAGGGUGUCACACCUGUGUGUUAUUUGUUUGGGUCUGAAAAAGGUCUGAAGAAGUCUUUUAUGUGGUUCUAAGUGUGCAGCGCCCCUGAGAUGGUGUCCUAACUAUCCUCUGGUGGGUUCAAAGCUGUAAAUUAUUGAGAGGUGAUCUCUGGGCGGCUCCCAGUGUUCGGUUUAGUGUGACGACGCGUCUCCACCCGUGUCCCAUUCUGCGUCCUAAAAGCGUCACUGAAAAGCAUUAUUUGGAUGACGGCCUGUAAUCGGCUGUUUGUUUUAAUGAGCCCCUCGGGGAGGGAGGGCUUCCCCGCGUCUUGUGCGCGUAAACUCCGGCGUUCGGUUUUUACGGGGGGGAUUCCUGAGAACCCUGACCUCGAUGAGUGAAAUACGGGCCCUUGGCUAGAACUCAAGUCUGUCGCUUAACUGGGGACCCAGACACAUGAAAUGGCCGUAAUAAAACCAGGGCCCAUAAAUUCUCUCACAGGGUGGGAGGCCUGGUUGUCUGUGCUGUUAUGUCAACACUGACCAUAAUUACAAGGUAAUAAGGACACGCUCUAAGUGCUAAAUCAAUGGUGCUAACAAACUGUUAUUUUUAAAGCUGGGAUGUGAUUGACUGCUGAAGUGCAGAAUGGGAUAGCCACAGGCGUGGUGUCAUAUGGCUGUGAACUGAGGAGAACAUGCCGAUUGUAUAAAAGGCCCUCAUCCAUCAUUAUUGAUCUCUCACUUACUGUAAAGUGGGGGCAUUUUUACUGUAUUUGUGUGUUAUUUUUCUGCGUGUGUGUGUGUGAGAGAGUAUCUGUGUAUCGCUGACAAAGUAAAUAAAUUAAGAACCUCACCACUCAUAUGAAUCCCAUUAGUUCGAGGGAAUUAAUCUCAUAGUGCGCCUCUGCCACCCGUUUCAGCGGUGCCUAACUUGCUUUCCGCAGAGCUCCACGGCGAUGCUCAGCGCGCUGAUACAUGAGGUACAAACACGCCGUGAAAUCCAUCUCCAGAGUUUUGCUCUGGCAUUUCAUUUCUGAGAGCUUGCAUUUUUCUAAUGUGCAUUAUGGCUCCGCUCUGACAUUUCAGUGCGUGGAGACAAAUACCGGAGAGCCGCGUGUUUUUUUGGAGAAUCACACUCUCUGAUUUUGAACUCGAUCUGAGUUGUUGAGAUGUUUCACACACGUUUCCAGUCCAUCAUAUCCCGGAUCACGCGAGGAGGUAUUUGUCACAGGAUUUACAGCGUGUUGUUGCAGUAUCGGGUUAAUUCAUCACAGCAGCUUAUAGUGAUUGUUUCACUUCCCCCUGACACGUGUAAUGCCUGUGCACUUUGUCGGCCAUAUCCCACACCACGCCAUAAGGUUGUCCUGCAUUCUUGCCCUCUAAUUUAUGUAUCCAGAAUCAAAAGACAUGGGCUCUACAGGUCAGCUGUCACAUUCCUGUAUUCCCACAGGCACUCAUGGAGAACGGCGAGAUGGAGUGGGAAGAGAUUUAUGGCACAAACCCGUCCAGGGUCCUUAAAACUCUGGCAAGCGCCGCCGCUGCCACCGCUUCCUCUUUCUUUCCAUCACCCUGCUCACCUCUCCUCCUCCGUCCGCCAACCAACCAAAAUCCAGAGAGAGGGAGACGCGCCGACCAAUCCCGUGCUCCCCCCUAAAGCAGAGCGUCAUAUCACAUUUGGCCAAAGUGCUCAGCUGCAGCUGCUCGUUAAAGUCACAGCGGCGAGAACAUGGACACCACUGACACCUGGUGGUUGUUUUCAUAUGAGGACAGAUUUACAACCUGAAUAAAAUAAGAGUUAGACGCUGUGUAAAUGUUGAUAAAACAGAUCUGGAUGGUUUGCAAACUUGAAAAUAGAGCAAAGAUGACACAUCAGAUAAAACUUAACGGUUUAUUUAUUGUUUGAUUCAUAAUUUAAGAUCAUUUUAAACUUGAUUUAGGGACGGGGAUGUUAUUUUUCUGUUUAUUCAUGUUUGUAUAUGUUUCCUCUUUGCAUGGUACAGUUCUCAUCUGCAUUCAUGGAUGUAACAGUGAACUGUGAUUUUUUCGAGCCCAUGCGGUGAUUCCCACUACAGAGUCAAGUCUGGUUUUAAUCGCCUGAGGGCCGGAUCACAGCCAUCCAUCCAGCUGUGUCCAUUUUUGUGCAGAGAUUCCUCCAGAUCUCCUGAACCUCUUGUGAAUAUUACAAACUUUGAAGGAUAAACUCUGAGGAACAUUUUUCUGAAGUUGUCGAGUUGGUGAACCGUCAGAGACUCUCUGCUGCACCAUCUUCAUCCCCAGUCAUGUCACUAACCUGUUGCAAAUGAAUGUAAUCAUCAGUUCGGAGAUACUCCUCUGUUCUUCAAAAUGAGCAAAUAUAUUUUAUAAAAACAAAACAAAUCUGUUUUAACUUCUUAUUCGUCAUCUUUGCUUUAUUUCCAAUUAUAUCUAAGGUGUAAAAAAUCCAAACCAUCAUUAAACAUUUUAUUAAAUGACACUUUAAACAAACACCUGAAGCUGAUUUACAGCCGUACAGAUUUAGCGCUGUGAUUCACGGCCCUGUAGAAAUCAAAGUAAUGACGAGAAAUCGAAGGAGAGAUUUUCCAACGUCAUUUUGCGCUUAAAUAGCCACUCGUAUUUGAUCACGGAUACCUGUGAUAGUCCAUCUUCAGGGCCGUAACAGGCUCCUUCUCUGUUUAACAAGAUGGUUUGGCCCGCCGCCCACAGGUCACAGCGAGUGAAUGCGGCCGAAGAAAAGGGAAAGUGGGCAAACAAUCAGAUGGGAAAAGUCAAGCAAGAGAGACAAAGAGCGUGGAUCCCUUUAUUCUUUUGUGUGAACCCUGUCCCCCCUCUCCUCGCUCCUUUUCUCUGUCACACACACCCAUUUAAAGACCCCUGGCUGCUAUUGUGGCCAUAGACACCAAGACGCUAUAGACAGGCAAGACAUCCUAUUUACCACACAAAGUAGCAGGGGGUGAGUCUGGGGUUCGGGGUCAUGCAGGAGGCAGCGGUCAUCCCCCGGUCAACUACAGUAGGUCAUUAUUCAGCCCAAGCCAAUAGCCCAGAACCGCGUCCGAGCAACCCACCCCCCAAUCCAUUCUGCUUAAUUAUUAUAAAUGAGGGGCGGCGUAAACAGCCAUCAUUACAGACACUCAGUGGCAUACACAAAUCCACUUUAAAUUGCUAUUAAGUUAAGGAGCUAUCUGUAAUCCCAGGCGUGCAUUAGAACGGAGCAGAGUAGGUUUUCUUUUUAUUAAAUCUCAUCGUCCCUGAGAUAUUCUCAAACCUUCUCAUGCUCUGUCAUGUUUCCAAUUUGAAGCCAAUUCUCUGAUUUAAUUAAAAGCCCACUUGGAAAAACGGACACUAAGUAGCCAUUUCCAUCUCUGGUCGUGGAGGACGAUCAUCCGUGUUUCUGGACGGAGCUGGACAAGGUUUUUUUUUUUUUUUGGCAGCGAAUCCCCAAAACAACCCUUAAAAUAAGCACCUCCCUCGCUCCUCGGAUUCAGGUGUUAAUUCAUUAACGGCGAGGAGAGGUCACAGAUCACGACAGAGGGAUCCAUGUUUCUUUGUUAGCGGGACCACUUGUGAUCUAAAAAACCUGCGAGGAGAGCUGCAGCGUACCUGAUGAGAGGAGAAGGAGGAACAGGGAGAAAAAAAAGAAAACAAGAGGGGAUGCAAGUGGAGAGGAAAAGGAGGAAAGGAAGGAGGGGGUUAGAGAUGGGGAAGGAGGGAAGGAGGGAAGGAGGGAGGGAGGGGGAGAUUGUAACACCCAGGCGGCGGGUUCAGCGGCAGGGCAAUGAGAGACUUCCUGCGCUCCAUCACGCCCAAGGCCUGCCUCAGUCAGCUGGUGGCCGAGGAAAGAUGCCUCAUGUGUCAGGCUUAUUAGCACUCCCCCUAGUUUGUAUGCAUUUGGGAUUGUGGGUGAGUGUGUGUGCUACAUCUGUGUGCGAGAGUGUGUGUGUGUGUGUGUGUGUGUUUGGGAACAGGAUGAGAAAGCAGAAAGGGAACACGUUCAAGAGUCCUCCUGAAUUUUCCUCCAGAAUUAUUCAUCGUUCUGUUAAAGCUGUGUUUUGUUUGCACGGCACACGAUGGCGGCGAUGGCGGUGUGUGUGUGCGUCCUCCAGCCUGCCUCCUCACCUCGUUGUCUUCCUCUCCGCGCCAAACCAACCUCGACUCACCUUCUCCUCGCUUCAGGCUCGGGUAGCUGUCAAUCCGUCCUCCGGUCGGGGAGCAUGAGCGAUGGGCCUAUCAGAAUGCCACCAUUAGCCAGCCCCCUGAGUGGUAAAUAAACGAUCGCGCCGGUACACUGCAGGUGUUGUCAUGGCAACCCACUCUCAGUGCCAGCCCCGCCCACGCUCGUUCCCCCCUCGUUCUCUCAGCGGAGGAGUCACCGGGAGGUCAGCGAGUCACCGUGCCGCAGCCGCCACGACACGGCGCUGUUCGCACCGCCUCCCUCACACACACACACACACACACACACACUCCUCUCUGAUGCUGCAGCGAACACACACACUCUGAUAUCUUGUCACUGAUCACACCGCAGGUUGUGGUGCAUCUUGUUAAUGAGACAAAUCUACACAUUUCCCAGAAGUCUGCACAGUUUCUGUCCCCGGAGUGUCUUGUGGGGGGGGGAACAUUUCCAACUUCACAUGAAUACUAAACAACUCGCCCUCGCGUUCAAGGCGCCACCGUGAGCCCAAACGCUCCUGCGCUGAGCUCCAAACUCCGAUUUGAUGACAGAACAAGCUAAAGACAAAAAGGGGGAAACAAACAGAAGGAAGAGGACAUGGAGGAGUGAGCGUAGUUUUUGUCAUUUGGAUAAUUUACUCUCUCUCUCUCUCUCUCUCUCUACCCGCCUCUUGGAAUGUCCCUAUUACAGCAGGUGUACUCUGGAUGAACCCGUUUCAAGUAUGAGGAAGAUGGACUCUGCACGCCUGACAGACUUCCACCGCCAUUGGCGCCCACUCUGUGAUGUAGCAGUUGUAUUAAAAUGGCGGCGCUGAUAAUCCAAAAGACCUUUCUCGGGGAGAAUUUGAGACCGACUGCACAGAUGGGCCGCGGAGAUAAAUAAAACUCUCUGUCACUACGGUUGGUGGAAUAGUGCUGCGACGCCCCCAAGGGAGAGAAAAACUGUUUCGCUCCCUCUCUCCCGAUGCCUCCCCCCCGUCCGUCUGUCUCCCCUCUCCUCCUCCUCCUCGGUUCACGAUCCCACAAAUUGGGGAACCGGAGCCAGCUCGCCGCAACUGGGCUUUUCCCUCCACGGCCUUAUGGGGAGCAUAAAAAGGCAGUUUCGGACCAAACUCUCCUCAAACACACACUGAAUGGCCGGGCCGAGUCUGUGCGAGAGCCAAGCACACUGAGACAUCGCAGUCUGAAAACGAUGAGGCCUGGACGGACAAUCGGCUUAUUGUGGGUAACCUGUUUGUGCUGUAAGAACACUUGAGCCCCGUGGUUUAUCACUUUCUAAGCGUUUCAUUCAUCCUGGCUGUCCAAACGCUGCUCAUUAGCUGCAGGCCUCAUUCCUCCAGAUUGAGAGGGAUGUCAGGUCGAGAUGAUAAGGGGAACCUUUGACAAAAUCUAAUUCAUCAAGUCAGAGCGUGUGAGCGGUUCCACAACAAAGUCUGACCUCUAUCUUCGAGAUGUUGGACAAUCAGAGGAGAAAGCAGCAAACACAGAUGCACAGAGAGUUUGUCGUGUGCUCUCUCAUGUAUGUUUGUAUGUAUGUAAGCAGUAUGUGCCGGAGUUCAGAGGGUGUUUCAUCUUCUCCUCCUCAGAGCAGAGAUAAAACAUCCACACAGACGCUCUCAUUCUGCCAGAGCAGAGCGGAGAGGUGAGCUCCAUCAGGGCAGAAAAAUGACGGCCGGCUGGCUUCAACGCCCCUCUGGUCUCCGGCCAAAUAUUGAUCUACUACAGAUCUAGUUAGAGUCCGGCUGCUGUGAUCGGAUCAUCAUCCUUUUGUUCAAAAAUACUCUGAAAUACACCAAAAAGAAAGGCUCUGAUUGGAGCAGGAUCAGAGCUUCAGAUCAGAAUCAUUUGAGAAAAUAUUAUCACACCAUCAUUUCACCGACAUACAGAAAUGUGUUUAGCUUUCAGGUUCUGAUUUAAAAUCUCUCCCUGCAGUUAAUUUUUAUUAUUUCAGAUGAUUUAACUCGCGUUUAAUUUUGGCAAAGCAAUUUUAAAGAACGUGAUCGGACAGUUUGAAAUCUUCAUUUCAAAGGGUUGCAGCGACUUGAUUUUAUUUCCAGCGUCCUCGUUUUAUGUGAAAUACUUUACGUCUUUUUACCUUUCAGAUCAUUUUAUUUUCACUUUCUGUGACACACUUGGGACUCUUACCAGCACAUAUAACAAAUUCUCCGUCCAUUUAGAGCCGUGAUCCGACUUUGUUCAUAAAUAUUACUGUUUUUAUUUUUUCAACCCUCUCCUCUUCCUCUGUUUUGCUCGUCUUCUGUUGUUUUCUUUUCUGCAAUUUAGUAAAACUUAAUUUUUGAUUUAUUCCAUACAGCACUAAUUCAAAGAAACAGAACACACCGUAUAAAACAAUAAAAAUGAAUAAUUUUAUAUUUUUUUCACAAGUUUGUAAAUACUAAACCUGAUGGAAAUGUUUUAUUUCUAUUUAUUAACUUUCUUCUUAAAAUGAACAGAUGAAUGAAUUUUCACUGCCAUCAUUUAAUCUAGUGGCGUUCAAAUCAGGGGUCGUGACCUCUGGAGGAGUUGUGAGACACUAACUAAGGGGUCAAAAAUGCUGUUUUUUAAUAUUUAAAACAGCACAUUUAGUGUAAAAAAAAAUCUACAAAAGCAGUUGUUGAAUUUUAAAUCAUACAAUUAAAAAUAAAAAUGUGUUUCUCUGUUGCUGUAUGACCUCUGAGCCGAUCAAAUGUCAGCUUUAGCACAGGAAACACGACAGCACGUGCGCUCAGGUCGACUUAUUUUCUGCAGACCAGCAUCACAAUAUUACGGCAGUUUUGAUUGUUUUCGAUUGGUCUGUUGCUGAACGUUUACACGCUGCUGUGAUUCACAUUUGACCUCCGAGGGACCAAAAACUUUUUUAAAAACCCUCCAGAACUUAGAAAACACUUUUUUUUAUGUUUAUCAGGCUUCUAGCAAAUAAAAGAAAACAUGAAACGAAGAAAAUGAACAUUUGAAACUUGGAUUUGUCUUUAAGAUCUCUUGCUCGGGUUAUUAUCGGUACUGAAAGACACCGCUGUCAUGUUGUACUGAAGCCUCAGUUUAAAAAAAAAAAAGACAUUUUAAUUUCCACGUCGUCUCGAUAGUCUUGUUUACCGGUUUGAAAAUCCUCGAGGCUACAGCACCCCGACAUCCAUGGGAAAACUGCACAGUGCCGUUCUGUGGGUGGGACUCUCCUGGAUUUCUUGACUCCGCAGCACAGAGUGUUUUUUAACCGUAUUAUUUUAGUGGCCACUGAAAAGGAUCAGGGCCACAUGUAACUGCAGCUCAAAUCAUUGGAAUGGCUGUUUUAAGAGACAAACGGUACACUCCGAUGGAGUAAAAACGUCCGAUUGGUGCUUAAUUCGGCUUGGUUUACUUGUACUUGAAACCCCCGGAGACUCACUGUUGUUUAUUUGUUCAUUUUGGGUCCAGGAGUACAACAUUCACGGCUGGUGGGUCGGCGAGCUGAACGGCACCGUGGGUAUUGUCCCCAAGGACUUCCUGCACCCUGCCUACAUCCUGUGAGCUCCAACAGGUACCGAGGCACUCUCUUAUCAUCAGCAUUAUGGACCAUUACUGUGGCCUAAUACACAGAAACGGUCCCCCUGGUACUCAUCCAGAGUGCCAUUGAGGUAGGAUUCAGUCGUUGACCUGCCAUUUAUGGCAUCUGCUGGCUGGAAGAAGUACUGCAUUAGGCAAUCUGAACGCCGCAAUGGGCAAUGGGUGAGGAUAAAUAUGUGCAACAAAAGCAUGAUUACAGCGUCAGUUGUCCUAUUUAAGAAAAUGAUUCCCUAAUACACUUAGAUAGGCAGAGCUUAAAAUGAAUACUGAAUUAUUAAUGCCGGUUUCCCUGACUGUGUUUGUUUCUCCUACAGAGCUGCUGCCAACACACCCAGCCAUGAAUUUCACACACACAGGCCUGUCAGAGGCUUUCGUACUCUCUGAAAAUGACUAUUUAAAUUAUGUUAUUUAAAUCCACUUAUUCCUCUACACUUAUUAAGGAGAAUACUGAUGUUCAGAUCUGAGUUUAAGAGCAACAGCGCUGAUGAUUAAAAGCUUAAAUGAGUCUCUAAAUCCAGAAAAAACCUCUCAUGUGGUCAGGAAUAUUUUUGUCUUUCACUCUGAACAGGACUAACAAUGUUGGCAUUCAUUGUUUAAAAAGACUGAAUUAAUUGCUGACAUGAACAGGACAAUUUAGGAUGUAAAAUCUGGCUUAAAAAUAAGCAUUUCAACACUGACAAUUACUGACAUGAUUUACCGUAAUGACCGGAAUAGAAGUUUCUGAAAUUAAGGCUAAUUAAUAUUUUAAAUCAUGAUUAACUUCAGAAUUGCUGCAGCGAAUCAGGAUCAGUCUCAUUAAUCUCGGAUGUUUAAAGUUUUACUAAUUUGCAUUUAAAAUAUUUUUUUAUGUCCGUGAAAAAAAUAAUCUUGAUUUUUGAUUUAAAUGAAUGAGUGACGGUGACUUUUUUUGGUUUAGAGUGAAGAGACUCCUUCAAAUACAGUGUGUAUUUACUGAUUUAAAGGAGAACACUGUUACACAUUAAAAUGCAGGAGUGAACGUUCAAACUUUACAAUCAGUGUGCAGUUAUUCUGAGAUGACUCGGAUCACCUGGUUAAUGCAGCAGCGUCUGCACUCAUCAGGAGCUCCAGUUUGCUCGCCCUCUCUCCUCGGUGUAAUUCUUACCUGCAGGUUUGUGGUGGUUUACUCUCUCUAAAGUAGAUCUCUGCCCGCUGAUUUCAGUCUGAUCAGCUGCACCUGUUUGCAAACUCAAACUCAGCGUACUUCAGUGAUAUUUUAACUGUAUUUAAUUCAAUUGCAAAGGGGGGUCAGUUUAAAAUCUGAGGUCAUCCUAUAUUCAGAACAAUACGGUAUUUGAGACCAACCAACUUUUUGUAUUAUAUGUAUAAUAUUUUUUACUACUUUGUGUUUGGAGUGAAACAAAUAAAUUUAAAAAGUAGCGGAUGUUUUUUCUUCUUGUCUUUUCCCGUUCAAUUGUCACGUGUGGUUAUUGAAGUCAUGAUCUUUUCAGCCACUAGGUGGCAGGAUUUCUUUAGGUUUUUUUGUGUUUGAUUAAAUAUGUCCUGUUUGGUACAUCUAAAAAAAUUGACAUGAUAAAGAAAGUUUUAAAUUUUUAACCAACUAUUAAAGAGAGUGAAAUUUAAUUUAUUAAAGAUUUUAUAUAUUUAACAGAAUAAAAUCAAAUGUUUCUAAUUUUAUUAUGAUAAUGGAAUUACAUAUAAUCCAGCAUAAGUAAUUUAAAGAACAUGUCAAAAUAGUUACUGAACUUUUUCACAAUAUUCUUUUUUGUUUUUAAGAAAAUGGUUUUUAAAGCUAUUUUUGAAGCUUAUAAGAUUAAUUAUCUGUUGUUUUGGUUUCUUUGCUUUUCUGGAGGUAAGUAGACUAAAAAGUUGACAACACAGGAUAGACUUUUAUCAGCAGUCUGCUUCUGCCUUUUCAGUCAAUAUUCAACACAUCAUUCUUGAUUUUGUGUGAAAUGUCAAUAUUGUGAACAAUAAUUGGUGUUGUAAUGACCGAAUAAAAAACUACUACUACUA